ACAGUCGUGUGAAAGCAAAAUGAUACAUGACGGAUUUUAUAUGAACUGUUCAAACGCCUACGACAUAAAUUCCUCUCCAAGUGUAAACCGAUGGGGAAACCAAGUACUGUUGAAUAACUUGAGUUGUCUCAACAACAAAGAAGGGUACUAUUUCUGCUGCAGGACAACGAUUGACGUUUCGACGGACAACGACACCUGCCGAUACCUGUGUUGUCACAUAACAGAGGAGGAUUUGCUUACGGUGACAUGUGAACUCCCACAAUACUCAGAACAUCCAAGCUCCUACGUCAACACCGAGAGUGCAAAUGAAAAGAAUCAACCAGACUACUCCAAUACAAUGUACACAUAUUAUGAGCCGCAAACCUACGGCUAUUCAACCGCAACUAUGAGUGCAGGGAAAGCCAGCAGUUACUACGGUAUUCCAUCCACUGAAAUACUUCCCAAUAAGUACGGAAAUUCAGGAACUGGCAAACCGAACAGUUAUAAUGAGGCGCCUUCAUUUGCAUCAACGUCUACAGGUCAAAAAGCAAACGAGGAACAACAAAUGACGAAUAACAACAAACCCUUAACAGUCCAAAAUUACUCAAACGGUCACUACACUUCCAGUAUUCCCUCAACAACUCAAAUUGUAUCAACUUAUCCCAAAGCACCAACACCAAAGUCUCAAAAUACCCCUCAACCUUCAGUACCAAAUAAUGCACCGAAUCCAUCUAAGAUAGGACCUCAGCCAUCAACUCCAGUUACUUUUCCAGUACAACCAACAAUAGGACCGAGUCCAUCUAAGAUAGGACCUCAACCAUCAAAUCCAGUAACUUCUCCUGUGACGUCUCCAGUACAACCAACAAAAGGACCAAGUCCUUCUAAGAUAGGACCUCAUCCAUCAAAUCCAGUAACUUCUCCUGUGACGUCUCCAAUACAGCCAACAAUAGGACCGAGUCCAUCUAAGAUAGGACCUCAACCAUCAAAUCCAGUAACUUCUCCUGUGACGUCUCCAGUACAGCCAACAAUAGGACCAAGUUCUUCUAAGAUAGGACCUCAACCAUCAAAUCCAGAAACUUCUCCUGUGACGUCUCCAAUACAACCAACAAUAGGACCGAGUCCAUCUCAGAUAGGACCUCAACCAUCAACUCCAGUAACUUCUCCUGUGACGUCUCCAGUACAACCAACAAUAGGACCGAGUCCAUCUCAGAUAGGACCUCAAGCUUCAUCUCCAGUUAGUUCUUCUGUGAUCGUCUCCAGACCGAGUCCUUCUAAGAUAGGACCGAGUCCAUCGAAUCCAGUAACUUCUCCUGUGUCGUGUCCACUUCUGCCUGUGAUAGUCUCGAGUUCCAUCUACAGAUAGGACCGAGUCCAUCUCAGAUAGG